AAGGAGGAGAUUGACUCGGUUGUUGGAUUCAAUAGACUUAUCAGAGAAUCAGAUGCCCCAAAUCUCCCUAACUUGCAAGCAGUUGUUAAGGAAUCCCUACGGCUACAUCCUCCGGGGCCUUUGCUCCGGAAAUGAGCAACAUUGAUUGCAAAAUCAAUGGCUAUGAUGUCAAAGUAGGGACAAGGUUCUUCAUCAACAUCUACAUGAUUAUGCGUGAUCCUAACAGGUACAAAGAUCCAGACAGGUUCCUGCCAGAGAGGUUCUUGGUGGACUCUUCUGUGGCAAAUGCUGGUAUUCGUCCUCAAGGGGAGAGCGAGGGCCAGGAUUUUCACUUCCUUCCAUUUGGUAGCGGGAGGAGAGCCUGCAUCAGUGCAUCACAUUCCUCCUUUGUUAUGCAUGGAACAUUGGGAGCUCUGAUUCAGUGCUUUGAUUUGAAAGUCCAGGGAGCAGAAAAAGUUGAUAUCAAACUGGGGGCAGGAUUUGCAGGGGUACUUCCUUUUCCUCUUGUCAGCUACCCUGUCACCCGUUUCAAUCCAUUCAAGGCAUGAUGAUGACAAAGAAAUCAAAGCUGUGUUGUACAGAAUAUUGUUGAAAUGAACUGUAGGUAGUGAAUCAGUGUAUGUAUGUGUGUUUGUGAUCGCUAUAUGCUACCCCUUCAUGUAUCUUGUGCAACAAUAAGAGCGUUAAAAGUCGUUGCUGCAAUAUUUGGAUUCACAGUGCCUCCCUAGCAUUGUCUGUGAUCGCUAUAUGCUACCCCUUCAUGUAUCUUGUGCAACAAUAAGAGCGUUAAAAGUCG